UGGAGGGGGUUUAACGGCUGAGAUUCUACACGAGUCCCUUCGGAUGGGGGACAAGGUUGCAGCGGGGCUUGAAAUAAGGCCAGGGAGCUGCUCUUGAUUUGCGGGCGAGUGAUUCCACCGAGGCCAGCUGAUGCAAGCUCCCCCUAUCUAUCCCGCCCUCUUCGCUGUCUGAGUUUCGGAGGUCCGACAUUGUUUCGAACUGCAGGUUUGCUGAAGUUUGAAGGAAGACGCCUCCAGUACAGCGGGAGCUCUGCCAGGGGAGGGGCGGGACGGGACAGGCCAGGACGGCCCCCGCCAGUGUUUGUGAGGAGGAAGACUAAUCUGCCGCGCGCUGGAUGACGUCCACUCGGCCUUGAGCGGGCCGAGCUCGGCGAGCGCGAAAGCGAGCGUCUGAAAGCGAAGCGCCUCGGUUCAGCGUUUCCUUUUUUCUGCGUCCCGUCUCCCGCGUCUGGCGUUUCAUCAGCCCUGUGAGGAUGGCCCUCUCAGCUUUUCCCCGGAGGAGGACAGCUCUGUGUUGAUCCAGGAAGUGUGUGAGAGAAAAGGGGAGGGGGGGGUUGAGAGAGAGGGAGAGAGAGGGAGAGAGAGGGGGAGAGAGAGAGAGAGAGAGAGAGAGGGACGUGUCGGGCGGGCGGUCUCCAGGACGAUGUCCUGGAAGAGGAACUACUUUGCGUCGGGCAGCAGCGGACUCCAGGGGAUCCUGACGCCCAGGAACAUGACGUCCAUCGCCCCCAGCAAAGGGCUGAGCAACGAGCCGGGCCAGAACAGCUGCUUCCUCAACAGCGCGCUGCAGGUCCUCUGGCAUCUAGACAUCUUCCGCAGGAGUUUCAGGCAGCUGACCACCCACAAGUGCAUGGAGGACUCCUGCAUAUUCUGCGCUCUGAAGAGCAUCUUUGCGCAGUUCCAGUUCAGCAGCGAUAAGGUGCUGCCGUCGGACGCCCUGCGCAGCGCCCUGGCCAAGACCUUCCAGGACGAGCAGCGCUUCCAGCUGGGCAUCAUGGACGACGCCGCCGAGUGCUUCGUAACUUUCUACAGAGUGACGGAGGACAAGGCCAGGCAGUCGGAGCUCUACCUGGUGGGCAUGGUGUGCUACUACGGCAAGCACUACUCCACCUUCUUCUUCCAGACCAAGAUCCGCAGGUGGAUGUACUUCGACGACGCCCACGUCAAGGAGAUCGGGCCCAAGUGGAAGGACGUGGUGUCCCGGUGCAUCAAGGGCCACUACCAGCCCCUGCUGCUGCUCUACGCUGACCCCCGGGGGACGCCCGUGUCGGUGCAGGACCUGCCCACCCACCUGGACCUGCGGCACUACAACAAGGCCUACUACGACAGCGAGGACUCGGGCCGGGAGCCGUCCAUCUCCAGCGACACCCGGACGGACUCGUCGACGGACAGCUACACGUACAAGCACUCGCACUCGCACCACGAGUCCAUGGUCAGCCACUUCUCCUCCGACUCGCAGGGCACGGUCAUCUGUAACCCCGACGACACGGCCUCGCAGAGCAGCGUGGAGACCGCAGGGCCAGGGACGGACAGUGAGCCGGCGCAGCGGCCGGCGCCCAGGAAAGGCGGGACUUUGGACAGGAAGGGCGGGGCCGGGGACAGAAAGCGGAGCUCUAGCCGGCCGCGGCGCUUUGAGGAGCGGGGCCGCGCCCCUAAGGCGGACGAGGCGUCCUCCGCCGGCUACCACAGCGAGGGUGAGACUCUGAAGGAGCAGCAGGUCCCCGCGCGGGGACUCAAACCCACGUCCAGCCGGCUGAAGGAGUUCAAGGAGACCAUGAGCAACAUCAUCCACAGCCGCCCGCUCUCCGCCUCCAGCCUGGGGCUGGGUGGGCGGGAGUGCCCCCCCCGGGCGCGGGACUGGGACGUGGAGAGCACCAGCAGCGAGUCCAAGUCCAGCUCCUCCGGGGGGCGCUACAGGCCCGCGUGGAAGCCCAGGCGGGAGGCCCUGAACAUCGACAGCAUCUUCAGCCGCCGGCAGGCCGGCUACAGCCCGCUGGGCUCCGCCCCCCUGGUGGAGGACGCCGACGCGGCGGGGGCGGGGUCAGGGGCGGGGGCGGGGGCCGGGACGGGCACGACGGCGUCCGGGACGAGGACGGGCACAGGCGUGGGCACGGGGGCGGGGGCAGGGGCAGGAGGGCGAUCCCGGACCCUCCCCCCGCCCCAGCCCCGCCUCAUUCAGAGGAUGGAGAGCGGCUACGAGAGCAGCGAGAGGAACAGCAGCAGCCCCGUCAGCCUGGACACGCCCCUGAGCGAGAGCUCCUGUCCCGGGGCGCACAGGGACGCGGGGUCCCGGAAGCAUUUUGGCCCUGGCCCGUCCUGGCGCAGCGUGCCCAAAUCCAAAAGCAGCAGCGCCCUUCUGCAGGACCUGAAAACAUCGACCCGGGGCAGCAGCCACCUCAGCCUGGGCGGGGAAGGCCGCAGCGAGCUGGACGAGCUGCAGGAGGAGGUGACCCGUCGGGCCAAGGAGCAGGAGCUGCAGAGGAAGAAGGAGAAGGAGAAGGAGGCGGCCAUGGGCUUCAACCCCCGGCCCAGCAAGUUCAUGGACCUGGACGAGCUGCAGAACCAGGGGAAGGGGGACGGCUUUGAGCAGUGCCUCCAUGAGGCCGAUGCGCUCCUAGAGCAGUCCCUGCAGCUGGAGCAGGCCGACGACAUGGCCGCCGCCCUCUCAGUGUGUAACCAAGCUGUGUCUAAACUAAGACUUACCAUGCAUGAGGGCUACGCUAACACACAUAGCAGAACUGUGGCUGAUAAGAAGCUGCAAAGGUGCAUGAGGAGGGCCCGAGGCCUGCAGCAGCGCAUGCAGCCGCAGCAGGAGCCGCAGCCGCCGCAGCCGACGCAGCUGACGCAGACGCAGGGCCUGCCCAGUGAACAGCCUAUCCCGGGCCAAGUACUGCUGACGGCCGCUCAGUUGGAGGACCAGGAAGCUGAAGAGAACGCCACCCUUGGCCCGCCCUCUCCUGUCCACGUUAAGCCCCUCCCCCCAUGUAGAAAUUUGCCCACCGAAGCCUUGAGCCACCUGCCUCCCUGCCCCUCCCGCGCUGUGGAGUUCCCAUGGAAACAGGGCCCCAAGGAGGAGGGCGGCGAGCUCCCGGCCCCGCCCCCAGGCCCCGGCGGCGGAGAGCGCGAGAUGAGAGGGGAGGGGCGGGAGCGCCCCCCGCCCUGGGCGGGCGCCCAGCUCGCCGACAUGGUCCCGGACGAGGGCCCGCGCGCCCGGCACGCCCGUAAGCACAGCGCCGCCUCCUUACCCUCCCUCUCCCUGGACUGGGACGGCCCGCUCAUGGAAGGGGAGGGCGGAGCCCAGCCCGCUCAGCCCACGCCCCCGCCCCUGGCUCCGCCCCCCCGGGGCCCGGGCGACGCUUCGGACUGGAACGCCUUCCGCGCCGGCCCCCCGGUUCACGCACCGACGCACUCGAACCCUCGACCCUCCCUGCCGGCGGACCCCACCCCAGAGAGGGAAUACUGCAGCGUCGCAGAGGAGUACCCCCAAAGCUACCCCAGAGCCCCGUCCCGACCGCACGUUCGCACCCCCCCUCUGCAGGCCCCCCCGGUCUCCAGCGCCGGCCACAGGCUGGCCCCAAACCCCGACGCCCGAAACUGGUCCUCCUGGAGCCUGGACGGGCCGGACGGCAUGGACACGCCCUUCUACACCCCGCCCGACGGCCACUGCAAGCCGGGACGCCCCUCCUCCCCCGCCGAGGGGGCCGGGCCGCCGCCCGCCAUGCCCGUGGAGCGCUGGGCCGAGAACGUCGCCCGAUACUACAACUCCCAGCAUGCCCCUGAGCCGGACCGCGGCUCCCCCAGCCCCGAGCUCUCCGAGCUGGACUCCCUGUACCAGGCCAGCCUGCAGGCCUCGUGCGCCCCCAGGGUCCUUCACAGCGCCCACCCGCUGCAUUCUGGGAAACCAGGUACCCACCACGCUUUGGUGCAGGGCUGCCCCACCCUGUUCCUGGAGAUCUACCAUCCUGUAGGUUCUCAUCUCAACCCUAAUAUGCCACACCUGAUUCUACUGAUUAGCAGCUCGGUGAGCUCUCUAGCUGUUGAAAGAGGUGUGGCUUUGUUAGGGUUGGAGGAUGGUCCUACAGGAUGGUUGAUCUCCAGGAACAGGGUUGGGCCCUGCUUUAGUGCUUUUAGCAUUGCGCAGAGAACUGCAUUCCUAAAACACUGCGCUUCAGUGAGUUUGAGGAAGAUUCAGACACAGCGACGUUCAGUAGAGUGGAAUUUAAGAUGGCUAUCAGCCUGCAAUUCCGUUUCACCGGUGGCACUGUGCCAGAACUCUGGAAUCUUCUACCGCCUCCUUCUACCUGGUGAUGUUUAAUGAGAUUUAUGGCCUUUUGAAGUACGGUGCUGUUUUUACGGGCUUAAAUAGGAGUGCACUCGUAUUUCUUAGAGAAAAGGAGCAGUGAUUCAGCAUGUGGCUGGUAUAGCGUGUUGCAUGCAGAAGUGUUGGGGUUCCCUGCAGAUAGCAGGGUUAGCGUGUUGCA